AAUAGCCACUGAACACCACCAUUUAUACACAAUUCAAAGAAAUCGGUGUUAACUCAGUGGCAAAUAUGAGAAACCCAUGAACUGAAAUUCGUUUAUUCACCCUCUGCACAAAGGUAUGUUCUUGACAAACGUACGAAGAAGAUGAAUGAUUGUAAGAAAUGCGAGACCAACAAGAUUGAUCGAUGACACCCAUAAUAUCAACAAUCUCAUCGUCAUCGUCUGCUCUGGCAUUAUCCUACAGUUCCUACAGUUAUGCUUCCAAGAUUGUCGCCAAGAAGAUUAAGACACCUCAAACACCUUCUCAUCAGGGUUCGGAGCCACCACCUCCGAGAAUUACGUCAAAUGUGAAGCAGAAUUUACAGUUCUUGAAAUUAUGGAAGGAGUUCCAAACGAGAAAAUCAAACUCAAACACGGCGAGGCCUACUACUAGUUACCGGAGAAAGAGGGUAGAGAAGGAUGAAAUGCCAGACGACUCAGAGCUUUAUCGAGACCCUACAUUGACCCUUUACUAUACUAACCAGGGUAUAGAGACUGCAAUUCCCGUAUUGCUUGUCGAUGGUUAUAAUGUAUGUGGCUAUUGGGCGAAAUUGAAGAAGCAUUUCAUGAGUGGCAGACUCGAUAUUGCUCGCCAAAAGCUUAUAGAGGAACUCAUUGAGUUUAGUGUGCUAAGAGAGGUGAAAGUGGUGGUUGUAUUUGAUGCUAUGAUGUCUGGACUACCAACACAUAAAGAAGAUUUUUCUGGUAUUGAUAUAAUAUACUCGGGUGAAACCUGUGCUGACGCAUGGAUUGAGAAAGAGGUGGCCGCUUUGAGGGGCGAUGGCUGUCCAAAAGUAUGGGUUGUGACAUCCGAUCACUGUCAACAGCAUGCAGCUUAUGGAGCAGGAGCUUUUAUCUGGAGUUCAAAGGCAUUGGUAUCUGAGAUCAAAGCUUCACAAAAAGAAGUCGAGGAGAUGCUUCGAGAACAUAGAUCUACUUCCAUGCAGGGUAAAUUGUUGAAGCACAAUCUUGAUUCUGAAGUAGUAGAUGCUCUUAAGCAUCUCAGAGAUAAGCUGUCUGAAAAUGCGUCGUCUCACUGAUUUUUAAUAUUCAUGACGAUCGUAAUUUUAGUUCCGACUUACGAACUUGAGUUUUUCAAUUCAGUUAUAACAACCGGUAGUGGUCGUUUUGGUACGACGCAAUGCAGUAUGGUGACAAAAAGUAAAAUUGUAAAGAAAGCGAAAAACGAAUUUAAUGUAGUUCAGAUACAAAUGUUUCGCUUGAGGCAAAAAUAUCUUAGGCAAAUUGUAAAUUUUAAAAUGAAAUUGCAAAUUAUUUGGAAUUUUGUCGUUUGUCGUUUUGGAAUUUUUCAUAC